AUGUCAGCUGAGAACAUCCACUUCCGUCCUGAAAAGCAAGCAUAUCGAGAAGUUAAAGUUUGUCAACAAAGCUCGGGCGCUCCCGCUGGAGGUUUCCGGCCUGUUGCUUACAUCGCGAAGAAAAGGGCGGGGGUGGUCCAGCGGGCCUCGCAAAAAGAGCUGCCCAGGGCGAACAUCUCUGCAGGUUUGGAGGGCGACACAAUGACCGACCGCGAAGUGCUGUUGGAGUCCGUCAUGCUGAUUGUCGCGGGCUCUGGAACAACAGGGGCCGUGACGAUGAUCUUCCUCAUGCGGGCGGUGAGGGCAGACCCCGAGAUCGAGUCGCGGUUGGAGGAGAAGCUGGAAGAGCUGCCGUACAGCAAUGCAGUCAUUAACGAGGCACGGCGAUUGUGCGGUGCUGCGCCGUUGGGACUGCCUCGAAUUGUUCCCGGGGCUGGUUUCAAUGUGUGGGGGCACCACAGCCCCGGCGGCUCUAUCGUUACCACCCAGUCCUACUCUUUGCUUCGAGACGGUCAAUUAGUGUAUGGGCUGACCCUGAUUCCCCCCUGGACGGUGGCUGGACGAGCCGCAGCAGGCAAAGGUCAUCUUUGCGCUCUUGGGUGGCGGGAGCCGGACAUGUUUAUGGCUGUAGAGAUCCUUCCUCGAGUAUCGGCUCUACGAUGGCGUAAGGGAGUCUGA